AGCCGGUGUGAACCAUCAGCAGAGCAACAUCCCAUCUCUCUUCUCUUUGUGCUUAAAUAACUAACUUUCUACAUCUCAUCAUGAGGGAAAUCGUGCAUAUCCAGGCAGGCCAGUGCGGUAACCAGAUUGGUGCCAAGUUCUGGGAGGUGAUCAGUGAUGAGCAUGGCAUUGACCCGACUGGGACUUACCAUGGAGACAGCGACCUGCAGCUGGACAGGAUCAGUGUGUACUACAACGAGGCCACUGGUGGAAAAUAUGUGCCCAGAGCCAUUCUAGUUGAUCUGGAGCCAGGAACGAUGGAUUCUGUACGCUCUGGGCCGUUUGGACAAAUUUUUAGGCCUGACAACUUUGUCUUUGGACAAAGUGGUGCAGGGAACAACUGGGCAAAAGGUCACUACACCGAGGGGGCGGAGCUUGUGGACUCAGUUUUGGAUGUGGUUCGUAAAGAGGCGGAGAGCUGCGAGUGUCUGCAGGGCUUUCAGCUCACUCACUCUCUGGGAGGAGGCACCGGAUCAGGGAUGGGGACGCUCCUCAUCAGCAAAAUCCGUGAGGAGUAUCCCGAUCGCAUCAUGAACACCUUCAGCGUGGUGCCCUCUCCAAAAGUUUCAGAUACAGUGGUUGAACCGUACAACGCCACGCUCUCGGUGCACCAGCUGGUCGAAAACACUGAUGAAACGUACUGCAUCGACAACGAAGCACUUUAUGAUAUCUGCUUCCGUACUCUCAAACUCACCACACCAACUUACGGCGACCUAAACCACCUUGUCUCUGCCACAAUGAGCGGGGUCACCACCUGUCUUCGGUUUCCCGGGCAACUCAAUGCCGAUUUGAGAAAACUUGCGGUCAACAUGGUCCCAUUUCCACGUCUUCACUUCUUCAUGCCUGGUUUUGCUCCCUUGACCAGUAGGGGGAGCCAGCAGUACCGCGCUCUCACCGUACCAGAGCUAACCCAGCAAGUAUUCGAUGCUAAAAACAUGAUGGCGGCUUGUGACCCUCGGCACGGACGCUACCUAACAGUGGCUGCAGUUUUCCGUGGUCGCAUGUCCAUGAAAGAAGUUGAUGAGCAAAUGCUGAAUGUUCAAAACAAGAAUAGCAGUUACUUUGUUGAGUGGAUCCCAAAUAACGUCAAGACAGCGGUGUGCGAUAUUCCUCCACGUGGUCUCAAAAUGGCCGUCACUUUCAUUGGAAAUAGCACCGCAAUCCAGGAGCUGUUCAAGCGUAUUUCUGAGCAGUUUACUGCAAUGUUCCGCCGUAAAGCUUUUCUUCACUGGUACACCGGUGAAGGCAUGGAUGAGAUGGAGUUUACAGAAGCGGAGAGCAACAUGAAUGAUCUGGUGUCCGAAUAUCAGCAGUACCAGGACGCCACCGCAGAGGAGGAGGGAGAGUUUGAGGAAGAGGCAGAGGAAGACGCAUAAGAAGGCAAUAACAAAGAGUAAAAAACACUGCAAUAAUCUAGGCUAAUAUCUGCAUUAGUUAAAAGAACAUUAAUUCUGACUGUUUAAUUAUUUCAUAGAUAACUUUUAUAGUGGAGGAUCUGUCACUUCUUUGUCUCCAUGGAGAUGUAGAAUGUUCCACAGUAGUGUUGAACAUUUAUUUGAUUACACGUGAUUGUAUACUAAAAAAAAUUGAAACAUUUUAGUUUAAUGACAUACUGUGGAUACAUUACAAGAAAAGCUAUACCAUCUUAAUAGAAACAAGCAGAUCACUGAUUCACCACUAGAAAAGUUACACAGUGCACCUUUAAGGCAAAGCAAUUGUAUUUGUAGAGCUUUACAGAAUGCUGCAUUAAAAUCAUAGUACAAGGUUGAUAACAAUCUUAAUCAUGAUCGUAUUUGAAGGAAUUUUGGACCAAUUUAAGUGUUUUAUUUUCUUAUUUCUAGCCAAGCUUUAUAUUCUGAAUUGAAGUAAUUUUAACAUAUGUAGAUAUUUUUUGCAGUGCGGAAAAAAAUACUUUUAAGUGAUCAAAAACUGUACCAAAAUUUGGAGAGUUUAAAUGUUUGGAGAGUAACGCGUGACCAAAAUAAUGUUCCAUGGCUUACAAUUAUGCCAUGUAUUCCACACAAAGAACCACUUAACACCUUCAUGGCAGGAAAGGAGAUUUAAUCUUUGAAUAUUUCAUCAAAUUGAUAAUUGCACUUACAACAACACUGAAUAAAUGUGAAAAACCAUUUUCAGUAUUUCUAUAGCAACAGGUAAAGCAAAAACAUUGUACAAUAGUAAAGCAUAUUCAUCAAAAUUGUGUUAUUUUUUAUUAAAAUUUGACCAUCCCUUGCAAUUCUUCUCAAUCUUUCCAGUUUGGUUAUAGCUUUUGUGUUUUCUAAUUUCUAUUUGUGUGCAUAUGACAGGUUAAACUACUAAUUUCUCUAAAACAUAGUUUUAGAUUUAAGAUGGUACGAAAAAAAGUGUAGUUUAUUGUAGUUUUGCAAUUUUGGUGAAGGUUUUAAUUUUACUUCCUGGUUGGACAUGGGGCAGAUGUGACAUAUGUAGAGGUAUGUUACCUAGCAACCAUAAUCUUACCAAGGGCUAAAAUGUGUCUAAAUUACACAAUAGUUAUAUGACAAAUAGAAAUAAAGGGCAAUGCCUUUAUUGUGUGCAUAAAUUGUCUCUACAUUUUAGAUGGAAUGACAGUUGAUGACAUUUGAGGGCUUCUGUUUUAGGUCUCACCGCUACUUCCUGUAUUUGCAACUUUUUGUUACUUUUCUUCUUAAACUGCCCCUUGACUGAUGUAACAUUUUGAUAUAUAUUUACUACAGGUACUAUACCACCAAACCAAGUAAGAAUUUGAAAAACAUAUUAAUAUGUCAAAUGCAUUUUAAUGUAUUUUCAUCAAGAUCUUUGAUAACCAUGUCCAUAUAUACAGUUCAAUUGUAACAACAUAAGUAGCAGACAAUUCUCAGACGCCAGCCAACGUCUUGAGAUCUGCUUAUGUUGAUUUUAUUUGAUGUUUGUUUAUUUCAACCAAGCUACCACAAAAUAUUCUGCUUUUUCAUGCUUGUUUUUUACAAUUACAAAAUGUGCACAUGUGACCCUAUGGUCUAAAUGUUUACACCUGGAGCCACUACAAUAUCAAACACACUGAAGCCACUUUGUGUUCAAGUGUGUGAGCGACUUGUUUGUAUGUUUUUAAAAUGCCUGAACACUUAAGAUCCCAAUGACUGUGAACUGUUAAAAUGUCUGAGAGUAAAAGCAUUUACAGUAU